UCUUCGCGUCUCUCGCUCCAUCUCUCACCACCACAGUAAGAGCACUACUAGAGAAUGGCGAGCUGUCAGUGAAUUUCACUCAUAAAAUCAAACAGCAAGAGAGCCAGCCAACAUCAACACCAUGGCAGCAUCACGAGCCUGGACAUUCUCCCAGCGCGGCUCCCCCUCAGACAUCCUCUCUCUCACAUCAUCUCGCCCCAUACCAACUCUGCCUCCGCCCGAAACCUCUCGCUCAGAAGAAUGGAUCCUCGUCAAAGUAGCCUUCGCGGCCCUCAACGUCGGCGCCAUCUUCCAAAUGGCCCUCGUCCCAGCAUUUAUGCGUAACAAGACCUGCAUACCCGAGAUGGACCUCUCCGGCACCGUCCAAGACGUCUGGCAUCCCCAUGUCGAGUCCACUGCCAGUAGUACCACUACUGCUACUAUUAAUACUACCACCCAGACUCGUUUUCGCAAAGGCGACAAAAUCAUCGCCAUGAUCCCCGCCAGCCACGCCCUCCCAACCGGCUCCGGCGCCCUGGCCGAAUACGUCGCCUUGCCCGCCAGCUUCGCCGUUCACAAGCCCCCUCAGACCUCCUUCGCCGACGCAGCCGGCUGUCUCCUCACCGGCAUGACCGCCCACCAGCAGGUCAUCGAGGCUGGCAUCAAGCCCGGCGACCGCGUCCUCGUCAACGCUGCCAGCGGCGGCAUCGGCACCAUGGCCGUCCAAAUGGCUCGCCAGGUCGUUGGGCCCGAAGGCUUCGUCGUCGGCAUAUGCAGCACCAGGAACAUCCAGCUCGUAGAGAGCCUCGGCGCAGACCUCGUCAUCGAUUACACCCAGCACACUGACAAUAACAACAGCCUGCCAGCCCAUCUCGCCGAAAGCUUUCAUGCCAACCCUUUCAACGCCAUCAUCGACACCCUGGGCCACCAAUCCCUUUACGUCAACUCCCCUGCCUACCUCGUCCCCUCAGGCACAUACUCCUCCGUCGGCAUCAAGCCCCCAGACUUCUCCGUCCCCAACUUCCUCCGCGCCGUAUGCCAGAUGAAGCUCAACGAGUGGUGGCCCGUGAGCCGCUGGCUAGGCGGCGUCGGCCGUCUCUGGCGGGGCGUCUCGAUGAUGGAGCCGACGCUGGAGGAUCGCGAGCGCAUUGCCGAGAUGCUGGGAGGCGGCCAGAUACGCGUAGUGAGGGACAGCGUCUGGCCCUUUGACGACGUCAAGGAGGCAUAUGCCAAGCUUGGCGGGCUGCAUGCAAGCGGUAAGAUAUUAGUUAGAGUGGAUGAAACGGUGGGCGAUGAUGAGUGCUAAAAAAUGAAUGCUUUCGUGUUCGUGUUCGUGUAACGAUUUUAUGACUCUCGUUCACGUUAAACGAG